CUGUGCACUUCAUCUCCCUCCACUGAAGGUGUGGAUUCCUAAUCUGUGAGCACGUGCUCCUGACUGACCACUGACCCUCCGGCGCUCAUAAAUUCGUGUCAGAUGUUUUUUGUUUCAAACGUCAGGUGCGAAACUAGAGGCCGAAACUCUCGCUCGUUGUUGUCGUUGACAUUGCUAUAAAAAACACUCAGACACACAGUUUCUGUUCACUCUUCCGGAGUUGUGCACGUGUUUUGUUUACAUUCAGUCAGCAGAGUUAGCUGUAUGGCCGAAGGUCUCAGGAGAAGAAGCGAAGCGAGCUUUGUUGCUAAUAAAAGUUAGCCCGCUCUGACAGCUCGACGUUAGCAGACACCCGUUUGACUCUGAGCUCCGGCUCGAAGGGGUUCCGGCAGCAGCCUGUAGAAAGAGCUACUCCGAGCUUCCUCGCAAAGGCUGCUCAAAAGCUUCAAAACGAUGUCAGCGGCGGAACUAGAAGAGUGAAGACAGCCGAAGAAAAGAGCAGCCGAGAAAAUGAGAAGUCGCAGUAAUUCUGGAGUUAAACUCGACAACUAUGCGCGGAUAGUUCACCAAACUAUCCUUCGUUACCAAGACCCAGUGACAGGUCUUCUCCCUGCGAGUAAAGAGCAGCCGGACGCCUGGGUCAGGGAUAAUGUCUACAGCAUCAUCUCGGUCUGGGCUCUGAGCCUGGCCUACAGGAAGAAUGCUGACCGUGAUGAGGAUAAGGCCAAAGCCUACGAGCUGGAGCAGAGUGUUGUGAAGCUUAUGAGGGGCCUGCUUCAGUGCAUUAUGCGGCAGCUGGACAAAGUGGAGAGGUUCAAGUACAGCAAGAGUACAAUGGACUGCCUCCAUGCUAAAUACAACACCUGCACCUGUGCCACUGUGGUGGGGGACACUGAGUGGGGCCACCUGCAGAUGGAUGCAACCUCCCUCUUUUUGCUCUUUUUGGCUCAAAUGACUGCCUCAGGGCUCCACAUUGUUUACACUCAGGAUGAGGUGGAUGUGGUCCAGAAUCUGGUGUUCUAUAUUGAGUCUGCAUACAAAGUGGCAGACUUCGGAAUGUGGGAGCGAGGAGACAAGACCAAUCAGGGAAUCCCUGAGCUCAAUGCUAGCUCUAUUGGCAUGGCCAAAGCAGCACUAGAGGCCCUGGAUGAGCUGAAUCUGUUUGGGGCCAAAGGGGGACCUAGCUCAGUGGUCCAUGCUCUACCAGAUGACAUCCAGCACUGUCAGUCCAUUCUUAACUCCAUGUUACCCAGAGCCUCCACGUCAAAAGAGGUAGACGCUGGAGUCCUCGCCAUAAUCUCCUACCCAGCCUUUGCUGUGGAAGACAUGGAACUAGUCAACAUCACUAAGGAGGAAAUCAUAUCUAAACUACAGGGGCGAUAUGGCUGCUGUCGGUUUCUCAGAGAUGGCCAUAAAACACCUAAAGAGGACCCCAGUAGACUGUAUUAUGAGUCUGCUGAGCUGAAAUUGUUUGAGAACAUUGAAUGUGAGUGGCCUCUCUUUUGGACCUACCUCAUCCUGGAUGGCAUCUUCAUAAACAGCCCAGAACAGGUGCAGGAGUACAGAGAGGCAUUGGAUGGUAUUCUGAUCAAACAAAAAGAUGGAAUACGUCUAAUGCCUGAGCUCUACAGCGUCCCUCCUGAUCGAGUGGAUGAGGAGUAUGUGAACCCUCACUCUGUGGAGAGGAUCCCGAUGGGCAAGUGUCCUCUCAAGUGGGGGCAGUCCCUCUACAUUCUGGGAAACCUGCUGGCAGAGGGUUUCUUGGCUCCUGGAGAAAUAGACCCACUCAAUCGCCGAUUCUCCACCAUCCCCAAGCCUGAUGUUGUUGUCCAAGUGUCCAUUGUGGCGGAGAAUGAUGAGAUUAAGGCAUUGCUGCUGAAGAAUGGGAUAGAGGUGGAGACAGUGGCAGACAUCCACCCUAUCAGAGUGCAACCUUCCCGAGUUCUUAGCCACAUUUACGCCAGGCUAGGUCGCAAUAGGAGGCUAGGGCUGACUGGCAGGCCAUAUCGCAGGAUUGGCGUAUUGGGAACCUCUAAGCUGUACAUCAUUCGCAACACCAUCUUUACUUUUACGCCUCAGUUCAUUGAUCACCAGCAGUUCUACCUGGCCCUGGAUAACAGGAUGAUUGUGGAGAUGCUGCGAACUGACCUGUCCUACCUUUCCUCUCGCUGGAGGAUGACUGGCCGGCCCACUGUCACCUUCCCUGUUUCCCAGACCAUGCUGACUGAGGACCACACAGACCUGGACCCUGCAGUACUGGCCACUCUGAAGAAACUCCAGGAUGGCUACUAUGGAGGAGCACGGAUACAGACGGGAAAGUUAUCAGAGUUUCUUACUACUUCCUGUUUUGCUCACCUGAGCUUCCUGGAUAGCGGUAAGCCACGCUCCAGCAGCAUGGGCUGGGGUGAGGAUGAGGAGGAAGAGAACUUCUUUAGUGAAGGGACUGUGCAUGAUCUCCACAUUGAUGAUGAUUCAGAUGACCUGGCUCAGUAUCUGGAUCACCUCUUGGCUACAGCAUUGCCGCAGAGGGGUAUGAGAGCGGAGGGCAGGGCCACUGGACUGUGCCGUUUCAAAGCUGCAGCCAGUAAGACCAGGGAGAUGGUGUCUUUAGUGAACAAGGCCAAAGAGCUCCACAUCCAUAAUGUGCACAUGUAUCUGCCCACUAAGCUCUUCCGAUCCCCACAACCUUCUCUCAAUCUAAAAGACUCUUCUGGACCAGAAAACAGCCAGUGUCCGGAGCUGGAUGUGAUGUCAGAGAGCAAUUUGCCCUGCGGUGCUGACGGCUCUAUAGACUACACGGCUCUAGCACAGCACCUCAAAGACACACACAGUCUCCAGGACCAGGCAGACAUUCUCUACAUUCUUUUCAAAGACAAGGGAAUGGAGUGGGACACUGAGCUGCAUGGUAAAGGCAGCACAGUGCAUGAGCUGCUGCUGGAACUGUAUGAGAAAGCAGGAGAUCUGCGCUGCUGGGGUCUCAUCCGCAUGAUUUCUGGCAUGCUCCGCAAGAAAGUGGAGGAGCUUGACUGGGCCUGCUCUGAUUUGCUGGCUCAUCAGAAGCACCUGACAGUGGGCUUACCACCAGAGCCCAGAGAAAAGACCAUCACUGCGCCCAUGCCACCUGACCAGCUGGCUAAACUGAUUGAACAGGCUAGUGAGAACAACAUCACUAUCUCCAUCCUCACCCAGGAGAUCAUGGUGUACCUGGCGAUGAACAUCAGGACCCAGCCUGGACUGUUUAGUGAGAUGUUUAGGCUUCGGAUCGGCCUCAUCAUUCAGGUCAUGGCUACUGAACUGGCCCAGUCACUCAGCUGUUCGGGUGAGGAGGCUACAGAGAGUCUGAUGAGUCUGAGUCCCUCUGAGCUAAAGAAUCUAUUACAUCACAUCCUCAGUGGCAAAGAGUUUGGUGUGCAGAAAAGCGUCCGCUCAGUGGAGACAGGUGCAAGUCCUGCCAUCUCUAUCCAUGAGGUUGGCCAUGUGGGUGCCACCAAAAGCGAGCGAGCAGGCAUCAGCAAACUGAAGAGUGAUAUGAAGCUGCUGGAGGAGAGCAGAUUGUCUUGGUCUUCUCAGAGUAAGACCUUACCAUCACCCUCCAUCGAUAUUGAGCAUAUUGAGCCCACUGCAAGACCUGAGAUGCGCCGUCUCCAGUCGAUGGAGUCGUUUGAUGGCUCUGUGAGUGUGCCUGCAGUGCAGGACAGUCGUCAGGGUCAGUGGCUGCGCAGGAGAAGGCUGGAUGGAGCCCUUAACAGAGUUCCAGUGGGUUUUUAUCAGAAAGUCUGGAACAUUCUGCAGAAGUGUCAUGGGCUGUCCAUCGAAGGCUUUGUGCUUCCAUCAUCCACUACAAGAGAGAUGACCCCAGGUGAGAUAAAGUUUGCAGUGCAUGUAGAGACGGUGCUGAACCGCGUGCCUCAGCCGGAGUACAGGCAGUUGCUAGUGGAGGCCAUCCUGAUGUUGACCAUGCUGGCUGACGUGGACAUCAGCAGCAUCGGCAGCAUCAUCCACGUGGAGAAGAUUGUCCACAUCGCCAAUGAUAUGUUCUACCAGGACCAGAAAGCUCUAAAUGCUGAAGAAAACAUUCUAGAAAGAGACCUGUCCACAGGCAUCUGCUGCCUACUGUAUGAUACUGCACCCAGCGGCCGUUUUGGCACCAUGACGUACCUCACCAAGGCAGUGGCUACAUACGUCCAGGACUUUCUACCCAGUGGUGCGUGCGCGUUGCAGUGAGGCACUGUCUGCACGAUCUAUACAAAACUCGCACAGAUGAUGCACGGUGUCAUUCUUCGUAGUACUGUUGUGACUGUGUUUUCAUUUCAUUCACAGAUUGUGGAACAGGAAGUGUUAUCAUGUACUGUUUGUUUAUCAUAUGGUUGUUUGAAUUUUCUGUACUCAAUCUGGCAGCUUUUCUGUCAGUCAUGAAGACAAAUUCUCUUGUUUGUCUUUCCCUUUUUAACGCACAUUAGUCUCAGAUUAUUUAAAGCAUCGUUUCUAACCAGUAAGUGACAGAAAUGUGUCAUGAAAGUUUUAUUUAGGGAUUAAGUUGUUUUUUUUUCUCUUUGGCUUACAUAUGUGUUGUCUUAACUCCAUAUUAAUUUUACCAGAUAAAUAAUUAUUUUAAUGCUGUAAGGCUGUAACAUGCCUAAAUGACUAUACUACCUUAUCAAAAGAAUUUCCUUUUAGUGAAAACAAUUGCAUGUUUUGGUCAUAAUAGGGGCUGAUUUGAUUUUGAUUGUAUGUCUUAAUUUUUCUUUGUAUGUACCAUGUUUUGUGUUGCUUUAGACUGAAAUAAAGGAAAAAGAGAUAUAUGGUGUAACAUUUAAAAGUGAACUGA